AUGGCUCUCGUCAACGCCAGGAACAAGGUGCCCGAGCACCAGGUCUUCUACCAGAACGCCUACAAGAACCACCAGCGCCUCUGGAGGAUCAACCCUCGCUCCAAGUUUCUUAUGGUCCCCUACCUUGCCCUCCUUUGGGGUGGCUUUGCCGGUUCCGUCUACAUGGGCGUCCGUAAGGUUGCCGGUCACAACACCUGGCUCGGCGAGAACUAG